ACUUAAGAGGUGAGAAAUUGCUGCUGAGUAUAGGUUUUUAGUUGAAGUAUUUUUAAAAAUAUUUUUUAACGUCACUGUAGUUUUUUCGAAAUCGUGUCUGUCAAGACUGUCAUCAUGAUUCAUGACUGAAUGAGCCAAUAAAAUUUGAUAUUUCACUACGGAAGCACCCGCGGAAGUGUUUUCCUUUUUAGGAGGGUGGCCAGAGAUCAACUGCUUUCGGAACCCUACCCUGUGACCUCGACAGUGUCGUCUUCUCUGAUUUCCAAUGUCCACCCCAAAGAUGUGGAGUAACCUGAAAAAAGCUUUCUCCUCAAACCCCAGUUUGAAAUUGAAUCAAGAAAUUGCCGGGAAGAUCUCUAAAACCCUAGUAAGUUCAGGCGCCAAAUCUCUCCAAACAACACCAUCUCUCCUCUCUAGUCUCAAUUCUCAGACCGUUCACCUUAUUCUCUCAAACCAUAUUCUCACAGCCGAAUCUUGCUUAGAUUUCUUUCACUUCAUUAGAAAAAACUAUUAUAAACCUGAUCUUAGGGCCUAUAUAACCCUAAUUUUCAAGUUAUAUAGAUCCCGAAAGUCUGACAAGUUACAUAAAUCCCAAAAGUUUGCCGAGAUAAGGCAUCUCUUCAAUUGUGCUGCUGUUGAUGAUGGUCUUAGAGUUCCAGUUACAGUCAUAGCUUCUUUGGUUGAUGAUGCAUGCAAUGAAUCUAAAUGCAAUAGAGCUAAAUUUAAGGAGAAGUUUUUUGAUUUAUUGUUUAGGGUUUAUGCGGAUAACAAAAUGUUUGGAGAGGCUUUAGAGGCUUUUGAACAUAUGGAGAAGAAGGGGUUUCAUAUUGAUGAGAGGUCCUGCUUGGUUUAUCUACUUGCCCUUCGGAGAGGUGGUCAGGUGGAUUCAUGUUUGAGGUUUUUCCGGCGAAUGGUCAAUUUAGAUGUUGAGGUUACCGUCUACUCUUUGACGAUUGUGCUUGAUGGGUUGUGUAAGAGAGGAGAUGUGGAAAUGGGCAGGAAAUUAAUGGACGAAGUAGCUGCUAAAGGGGUCAAAGCCAAUGUUGUCACAUAUAAUGCAUUUAUUGAAGGCUAUUUUAAAAGAUUGGAUCUUGGGGGAGUUGCGGAGAUUUUGACCCUUAUGGAGAAGGAAGGGGUGGCAUGCAAUGUUGUGACCUAUACACUUUUGAUUCAUGGGUUUUCAAACAUAGGGAAGAUAGAAGAAGCCCAGAGACUGUUUGAGGAAAUGCGUGAGAAAGGGAUAGAGGCGGAUGUUUAUGUGUACACUUCAAUCAUUAGUUGCAAUUGUAGAUCAGGGAACGUUAAAAGGGCACUUGUAUUGUUUGAUGAAAUGACUGACAAGGGCCUCAUUCCGAGUGCUCACACUUACGGGGCUUUGAUCCAUGGUGUGUGCAAGGCUGGGCAGAUGGAGGCUGCGCAAAUGUUGGUAAAUGAGAUGCAAGGUAAAGGGAUUGAUCUCAAUCCAGUGAUAUUUAAUACAUUAAUUGAUGGAUACUGUGAAAGUGGAAUGGUAGAUGAAGCUCUGAGGCUGCAGGUUGUCAUGGAGAAGAAAGGACUUGAGAGUGAUGUGUUUGCUUAUAACUCAAUUGCCAGCGGGUUGUGUAAAUUGAACAGGAAAGAUGAAGCAAAGGGCUUGUUGUUUUCAAUGGUGGAAAGAGGUGUGUCUCCCAACACAAUGAGUUUUACUACUUUGAUUGACAUCUAUUGCAAGGAGGGGAACUUUGUGGAAGCGAAGAGGGUGUUUCGAGAGAUGGAGGAGAAAGGAAAUGUACCUAAUAUCAUUACAUACAAUGUUCUAAUAGAUGGGUAUAGUAAGAGAGGGAAUAUGAAAGAAGCUCAUAAGCUAAAAGAUGAACUGGAAAACAGGGGUUUGAUACCAGAUGUUUAUACAUGCACAUCACUUAUACAUGGGGAAUGCAUAGAUGGAAAGGUAGAUAUGGCACUGAAACUGUUCGAUGAAAUGCCUCAGAGAGGGUUGGUUCCAAAUGUAGUCACAUACACAGCUAUGAUUUCAGGCCUGUCUAAAGACGGGAGAUCCGAAGAAGCUUUUAAACUAUAUGAUGAGAUGAAAGAGACAGGCCUUACACCUGAUGACACAGUAUAUUCUUCGCUUGUGGGCAGCCUUCAUUCAGCCGAGUCUUAGCUUUAAAUGAUUCUCGGAGGGCUUUUACAUGCCAUGUGUAAAUACAAGUCUAUCUUGUAUUGUAGAAGUCCUGUAACGAGUCCAUCCUACACCCAUGUCCUGGGUGACAACCAAGAUUGAUAGUUAACGGGAUUUGGCUGACAACCAAUUUAUCUCGCAAGAGAGUUGAAUUGAUAGAAACUAUUGUUGCUGUAAAGAUUAAUAGUUCAACUCUGGAGUGAGCACUGGGCGGUUGUUUGGGUGCUCCACUCGAAGAGAUAAUAAAUAGAAGUGUGUUGAAAAUGACAUGCUAAUUACAGUUCUUCAUCCCA